GUCAGCAGAUUGAUUGAUUGAUUCUGAGAUUGUGGGGUCAAAACACUGGAUUGAUAAAAAGAGAGAGAAGCCACCACGACCACUCAUCUGAUCGUUGACCGAUUCAAAAACCCCAACCAGACGAAUCAAGCACCGAUGCUCACGCCGACCAAGUCCGCCGCCGCCAUCCGGCUCAUCCAAGCCGCCCGCCAAUCCUUCGCCGGCUGCCAGUCCCAUGGCUGUCCCUGUCCAGCCCACCAAGCCAUCCAGAACCAACACUCCCCCACGGAUAUCCGCUCGGCUGCUCGCUCCAUUCUCUCCAAAGGUCGCGCCCGCUCCUUCGCUGCCCCCGUCGACUCCCUCACUGAAUAUGCUUUCGAGGUCUCCGCCGCUCAAUUGAGGUUUGGUGAAGGCGUGACCAGAGAAGUUGGGAUGGAUUUCCAAAACAUGAAAGCCAGGAAGGUGGGCGUCUUCACGGACAAGACGAUCAUGAACUUGUACCCGAUGAAAGCGGCGAUGGAGUCAUUGGAGAUGGCCGGGAUCUCCUACGAGGUAUUCAACGAAUGCAAGGUAGAGCCGAACCAAGAGAGUUGGGAACGGGCGAUAAGCUUCAGUCGGACGCACGACUUCUCGCACUUCUUGGCCGUCGGCGGGGGCUCGGUGAUCGACACCUGCAAGGUCGCCAACCUUUACAGCUGUUACCCCGACGCAGACCUGCUCGAGUUCGUCAAUGCGCCCAUCGGCAAAGGCUCGCCCAUCGAGCGCUCCCUCAAGCCUUUGAUCGCCGUCCCCACUACCGCUGGCACGGGCUCCGAAACUACCGGCACCGCUAUCUUCGAUUAUACACCGCUUCAAGCUAAGACUGGGAUUGCCAAUCGGGCCUUAAGACCUACGUUAGGGAUCGUGGACCCAUUGAGCACCGACAGCUGUCCGCGAGCCGUCCAUGUCAACAGUGGCCUGGACGUGCUCUUCCACUCUCUCGAAUCUUACACCGCUAUUCCUUAUUACAUGCGUACUCCUCGACCUUCGAAUCCUAAAUACAGACCCGCCUAUCAAGGCCGGAAUCCAAUCAGCGAUGUGUUUUCUUUGUGGGCUUUGAAAACUACCGUUGAAUAUCUUCCCCGAGUGGCUAAAGAUCCGACCGACAGAGAGGCAAAAACACAGAUGUUGCUUGCAUCUACCUUUGCAGGAAUCGGGUUUGGGAACGCCGGUGUCCAUUUAUGUCAUGGAUUUUCGUACCCGAUCUCCGGCUUGAACAAGAAGUUAGCCAAAUGGAGUGGUUCAGGGUAUGAGGUCGAGGGCCCUUUGGUACCGCACGGACUAUCAGUCGCGUUGACGGGCUCGGCGGUCUUCCGCUUCACCGCGGGCCUCGUCGCCGGACCGACACCGGGAAGCGGCGGACAUCUUUGGACGAGCUCGCGGCGAGGGUUCUUCGGCGCACGUCGCCGAUGCCGACGUCGGCGAACUCAUCCACGAUCGGAUCGCCCAGUUCCUCGUCGAGCUCGGCUUGCCUCGCGGCCUCAAUGGGAUCGGCUACCAUCCGCAAAAUAUCGAGGCCUUGGUCGCGGGUACUCUUCCCCAGAAACGCGUCCUGGACCUCGCCCCCGGCGAUUCUAAUGCUGAGGCCUUGUCUCAAAUCUUGGAGAAAGCAAUGUCCUUUUAACCUUCUUCUUCCUCUUCCCCCUUCCAAUCUGCAAUCCUAUCUGCAAUCCUGUCAAAACAAACAUCAACCCCCGGAAUCAAGUCUCUGAUACAAUCCAUGUUGCACAUACGCAUCUGUUUUCUCUUUCUCUCUUUCUCUACCUCCAACAUCGUCGUUUUUCGCUUCUUACUUGGUUGUGCGUGCAUAUAUGUAUUUGUGUCUAGUAUAUCUUGGACUUGAAUAUGUUGUGUAAGUACAUAUCCACACCCUCAGUUCUCAUUUGAAGAGAUUAAAGGCGCACGUCUUUUUUUUGGAUGCAUGGAUGGAUGACACUUCUCCAAAAAAAACAGAUUGUUGAUCAUCCCAUGUUAUUUUAUGUUUGAAAUCCGUUCCAAUUCCCAGUCCUGCACCAAAAACACAUCCUCAAGUGUUCUAACCAUUUCCAUAUCAUACACACACACAAACAUAUAUGCUCUUCAACCAAGCAAAAACAGAAAUGCAUAGAAGGCUUGUUU